CUAACAUCGAUCGACAAGGACCACGUGGAACCUGCACGGACUCCAGGACCGCUCUUCUGUUUACACUCCAUGUCCAGCCUGCAAGGCUACGUCGACAGACGUGUACUCCUGAUCUUGCAAGAUGGUCGCGCUAUUGUGGGAGUAAUGGCAGGCUACGACCAAAAAUCAAACGUCGUCCUCUCAGACUCGAAGGAACGGGUGUACAGUAUGGAAGAAGGCGUGGAGGAGGUUCCGCUCGGUCUGUAUCUCGUGAAAGGGGACAUGAUCAUCCUCAUCGGAGAACUCGAUGAAGCUGUCGAUGAGGCCGUUGAUCUCUCGACGAUACGUGCAGAACCGUUACCACCCAUACGAUACUAAAAGGUCUAUAUGCACCAUCACUCAUCACUCGGCGUCUUCCCUAUCAUUGCUCGCCGGUGUCAGCGAAGGAUAUAGCUGGACGGUUAUAUUGGUUUCCUUCCAUACAGCCAGCGCUUGCGAGUUUGAGGGUCAUUCCAUGUGCAUGUAUUGCAUACCCACAUAGUAUGGUGCAUUUUCAUCGCAGUCCCGGUUGUGUCCCAGAUAAAGAAAAAAUUCUUGUAUUAGGUACGCCAGCGAAAUCAGUACAUAAUUCUAAAG